AUGAUGGCAGCUACCUUCCUUGCUACCCUUCUGCUGAUGCUUUCCCUUGCCUCUGUGACUGUACAACAGCCUCCGGGGGUUCCGCCACGGCAACAGCCUCAUCAUGGUCAACCACCACAGCAACAUCAACAACCACCACAGCAACAUCAGCAGCCACCGCAGCAACAUCAACAACCACCGCAGCAACAUCAACAACCACCACAGCAGCCACCCCAGCUGCAGCAGACAGCACCAGGUCAUGGGCAUGAACACAGUGCACCACCAGGAGGACACGACCAUCAUGGGAAGCCACUGGAGUUUGCUUCAGAGAUCCACAAUCGAGACCAUAUUUUAGAACAUCUACAAAAAGUGGUGGCCACCAAGCCCAAGGAACAGCUGACGCCUGAAGAGCUGGAGUUCCAUUACUUUAAACUGCACGACUAUGACAACAAUAACCAGCUGGAUGGUCUGGAGAUUGCCAAAGCUGUGACUCACACACAUACAGACCAAAAUGUCACAGAGGGCAGUGGCCCAGACAGCACGCUAGUGAUGUCCGAUGAGCAACUGGCCAGCACAGUGGAUGGGAUUCUCACAACAUUUGACCACGACAAGAAUGGUUACGUGGCCUACUUUGAAUUUAAGAAAGUCUCCCAGGUCUCGGGAGCAGGUUCUUCACAAGAUGGUGCUUGA